GGUCGCUCGUUCGCUCGCGCUCUUGGCCGUUUCCUGCUCGGAGCGCGUACGGCGUCGUGUGCUUCCGUCCCGGCCCCUCCCCCUCAAUCCUUUUCUUUCUCGCGUGUCAGACGGCGGCGGCGCGAGCGCGGCUCCCUUGGCGGAGGAGGGCUCGAAGGGGACUGAGCCGCGGUGGGAGGCCCCGGCGCCGGGCCCGUUUCGGAAGCCGAGGGGGCGGCGGCCGGCAGUUGGGCGAGUCGGUUCCGUCGGUGAAUUCGUCAGCUAGCCGCGGCAGCAAAAUGAGCAUCGAGAUCCCGCCGGGUUUGACGGAGCUGCUGCAGGGCUAUACCGUGGAGGUGUUGCGGCACCGGCCGCCGGAUCUCCUGGACUUCGCCGCCGAAUACUUCAGUCGUCUGAGGGAUUCCCGCGACCAGCAGCUGCGCGAGGGGGCGGCCGCCAGGGGCAAAGGAGUCAACUUCGAUGGGGAGCCUAUGCAGACCGAGUCAAAUGGCGAGGAGCCGCGGAGGGAGUCUGCCGAGGAGGAAUCGGAUUCCGACUUCGAGCCUCCUGUUAUUAGCAAAUUUAACCGAAGAGUAUCAGUCUGUGCGGAAGCCUUCAACCCAGACGAAGAGGACGAAGAUACAGAACCAAGGGUAGUUCAUCCAAAAACAGAUGAGCAGAGAUGCAGAUUGCAGGAAGCCUGUAAAGAUAUUCUCCUCUUCAAAAACCUAGAUCAGGAACAGUUGUCACAAGUUUUGGAUGCCAUGUUUGAAAGGAAAGUGCAACCUCAGGAACAUGUAAUUGACCAAGGAGAUGAUGGAGACAACUUUUAUGUCAUUGAAGAGGGAUCAUAUGAUAUUUUUGUAUCACGAGAAGGCCAAACUCGCUGUGUUGGCCGCUACGAUAAUCAUGGCAGUUUCGGGGAACUCGCCUUGAUGUACAACACUCCUAGAGCUGCAACAAUUGUUGCAAUAACAGAAGGAGCCCUUUGGGGACUGGAUCGAGUAACAUUCAGAAGAAUUAUUUUGAAAAAUAAUGCAAAGAAAAGGAAAACAUAUGAACUAUUUAUUGAAUCAGUGCCUCUUCUUAAGUCACUGGAGCCAUCAGAGCGAAUGAAAAUUGUUGAUGUAAUAGGAGAAAAGGCAUAUCAAGAUGGAGAACGCAUCAUUGCUCAGGGUGAUAAGGCAGAGAGUUUUUUCAUUGUAGAAUCUGGUGAAGUAAAGAUCAUGAUUAAAAGCAAGACUGUCACGGCAAAAGAUGCAAACCAAGAGGUAGAAAUUGCUCGAUGUCAAAAAGGACAGUAUUUUGGAGAGCUUGCACUUGUUACCAACAAACCAAGAGCAGCCUCUGCCUAUGCUGUCGGGGAAGUCAAAUGUUUAGUUAUGGAUGUGCAAGCAUUUGAGCGGUUACUUGGUCCCUGCAUGGACAUUAUGAAGAGGAAUAUAACCCAUUAUGAAGAGCAGCUGGUGGCAUUGUUUGGUUCAAGCAUGGACCUGAUUGAUCCAGGCAAUUAGGCACAGAGUGCAUCAAUGCCUUCUCAGUUCAAGACAUAGAAAAGUCUCCUAUUAGUAACAGCGCAGCACCACACAAAUGAAAAAAAAGGACACUACAGGACAGUGGCUGUUGGUGUCUUCUUGGGCAUUUUUUUAGAAACCUACGCAGGUCUCAGCAUAGCUGGAGGGUUCAGGGCUCACUCCAGGCCUCCGCUUUGCUGCUGAAAUUUUGUUAUUAGACCUAGCUUACUGCUGAGUCUCUUAAUCCUCUUUUCACAUUGCUUGGUUCAGAAUGGCAUGUCUCUCCCAACAAUUCAAGUGCCUGAUACUAAAGAUAUGGAGCAAUCUAUUUGUUGUUCUUGUUAAAAAAGGAAGAACAAACUUUGAAAUCAGAGAUUUGGAUAGUCGGUGGCUGUUCCUACACUUGGAAACAGCCACCUUCUUAACAUUACCUUCUUUUUGACAAUUUUUGUCCUCACAUGAUCAGAAUCUGAUUUUAAUAAUGAUACAUUUGGAUUUGAAUGUCAAAAAGGAUGAGAAGUUUGCAGAGACAGCGAGUUAACCAGUUCUGAGUUUUUCAUGUUCUUUUCUGGAAAUGGGAGCAUUGCAGUUUAAAGAUGAAGGGUUCCAAAGGAACCUGGUUGAUAAAUAAUGAACAGUGAAGUAAAAUGCUGAAUUAUGAGCCGUGUCUUAAGCAGAGUUUCAAGGCUCCAGUGAAUUUGAAUCAUAGGCCAUGAGAUCCAGGGGACAGAUGUGUGGUCUGGUGGGGAACAGGAGAAGCUUACCCAAAUUUCUGAUCAUGGAGAUUCUUGGUACUUCUAGAUUUCGCAUGGCAUUGCCAUUGGCAAAAUCUGUUUUAAUGCUUUUUUAAAAAAGAAAAAAGGGUUGGUUUUUUUGUAACUUAAGGAAUAUUUAUGUACUAACGGGCUCCAUCAUACUGUAAUAUUUUACAAUAUUAUGUAAUGUAAUUGGGUAUACACUUUCCAGCUACAACACCUAUUUGCUAAAUCCUUUUUGAAAAUUAGCAGCAUUUUACUUCAAAAAUGAUUUUUGAAAAGCUACAAUGGAAAAUUAUCUCAUCUCUGGGCAACUAAUAUUGUAUUGGAGGCACUUUUUGGAAUGCAGGUUCAUUUAGCUGCAUUUCUCUAAAAUCUUGGUUGAAUCAGCAAAUAGCUGUCAGUUUAUAUAUAAUUACUGAAGUAACAUCUUUCUUAAGUUUUAUCCAAGUAUUAACUGUGUAAGAAAUUACCAUAAAAAUUAGUCUAAAUGUAGCACCAGAAAUUCUUAGGGAAGAAAGGUAUUGAUCCUGUAUGAAAUUGCAUCAGUUGCCAAUUCCAUUAUCAGUGUUUCUCAACUUAUGUAUUUUGGAAAUAAAUUUUCAUUAAUUGUGGAUUUUCAGCUGAUAGAAUAAGUCAAAAUGUAGUAAUUGUGCCAUCAAAAUUUGAAAUAAUUCAACCAUUCUGAAUUCCCAUUGGAAAUGCUGUAAAUCCAAUUCAUCGGUUGCCUUUUAGCCUGGAGCCUAUUACCCUCUUUUUACAAUUUCUAUUCCUAUGUUACCAAUUUAAGACUUAAUGUUUUAUAUGUUGUUGAAUCAGGAAAUAGCACUUGAGAGUAACAUCUUUUUUUUUAUAUAUAUAAUCAUUGCUACUGGAAAAUGUACUGAAGCCCUGGCCAUCAUAUUUUAUGUUUCCGAUUUUUUCCCCAGUAUCUCAAUUUAAGGUUAGCUACAGUUUGAACAUCCCAGAAGAAAAAUGCUUUAUUUAUCUAAAGAUUUUACACCAAAGAUUUUAAGUGUAUGUUUCUCAGUUUAUGCAAACUGCUUUUUGGCUGUGGAUCUGAUAAAAGGGAUUGGUGAGGAAAGGAAAAUGGUACAGCCUUUGUCGCUUGUAUAAGUAGCAAAUCAUUUUUUAAAUUUUCUCUUAAGGCUUGGCCAAGUUUCAGCUGAACCAAACAAAUGCGUUCUAGAACCACCAUUUUGGCUACAAAGGCUUUCCUCUCCUACGUUCAUCCUUUGCAAAGCAUUUCUUGCUCAAAUUCUUUUGUGUCUUUUGCAGUCUAAUGUAACUUAACAGGUUAUAGAGCUGGGGUAUUGCUUCCACCUAGUUAAAUUUAAGCUGGGGUUCUGAUAUUUUGAAGAGGAUUCUACGCUGGCAAGAAAUUAUCCAAUAAAAGUGAACUGAGGAUAUAUUCAAAGCCAUUUGCAAAACAAAGUGAAUAGGGUGAAUUAGUACUAACUUAUAUAUGUCCUGCUUAAAAAGAAAACCCUAUACUAUUUUGAAAGCAGACAAACUGAAGGGCUGAUUUGCACAAUCCCAAUCUGGGUUUAUCUUUUCAAGUGGUGCAAAAUCUUUUUAUCUGUGUGUGUUUGUGGCUGACCAACAGGUCAUACAAAUCACUUUAUUAUGAUAGAUCACUGACAUUACUGUGAUUGUUGUUUGAGAAUUCCAUCUAUAGGCCCAGUCAGAACAGAUACUUUUCUCAUCUGCUGAUGUUAAUACAAGUCCAAUUUUUGGUCACAUAGAUCUAUUGUCACACUAAAGAAAUUAUUUUUUAAAAUGAGCCAUUUGGGAUCUGUCAGAUUAGAAAUAAUUUAAAAUGUGUAACUUAAAAUGAUUAGUUGUGCGGUAUUUGCAGUGAAAACUAGAGAAAUCAUGUAAACAUCUGCUCCUUUCUUUGUGGAUUUCCCCUCACCUUGCAAAUCCAGCUGGAUUUCAGCAAGGUCAGCUGUGAAUAGUUCAUCUCCAUCCUUGAAUCCCUCCUUUAACUUGGCUCCAUUAACUUCUUAUGAUGAACACCAGUUUAAAAUGUUGCGUGAUAUUCUUUCUUAGGGGAAAAAGGAAUCUGCCGUUCAUUCACAUAGGGUAAUUGGUGAUGUCUAGCUUUAAUAAGAGAACUCAGCAGCAAAGUGGCUAACCAGAGUGGUGUUUUCUGAGACUGUCUUUUUAAACUCGCUUAUCAUUUUUGAGGUUUCUGGGAAGAGCUUAUAGUGCCCUACUCUUAAGAUAUGUUUGUUAAUGUCACAGCACAAAUUUUCACAAUGUAUUAAAAUGAAAAGCAUUUCUAAAACAAAUCAGCAAGAAAGUGCAGCUUCGAGGGGGAAAAAACCCAACACCCAUUUUGUCAUCUUUUUUUCUUGAAAUGUCUUUGUAAAAUUAGUUUGACAAAAAAUACAAGUUUUCUGGUCUUUU